UGAAAAUCCCAAACCAAAUUGUAUGCUACUAAUGUUAAAUUGACCUUUUAUUAGAAUCACUAAGUACCGGAUAAUUGAAUCACUUUUAUGAACAAUCUUAUCGUUUUUAUGGUAUCUCAAACUAAUUAAUUUAUAAAAACCAUUUUAUUUUUGAAUUUAUCAGUAUUAUUGUAUAUCGUUGUACAUUAUGUCAAUCAAUUAUCUUUGUACGUCGCGGCGUCGUGUACUUGUGUCAUUUAGUUUAUUCGGUUUAUUGUUCACAAUCAGACGUAUUUUUUGAAAUGUCGACCAAACGAAAUGAUUUAACUAUAAAAGAAAAAAAAGAUAUACUCGUUCGUUUUGAUAAAUUGGAUAAAUGUUCUCAAAGAGAAGCCACAUUAGCUCUGAAAAUCCCUCAACCAACGUUAAACAAAAUUUUAAAAAAUCGUAAGGAAAUUGUUGAACAUGAAGAACAAAAUUUGCCUCUUUCUCGAAAACGAAAACGAAAUGGGCAAAAUGUUGAUGUAGAAGAAUCUUUAUUACGAUGGUUUCAGCAAGCUAGAAAUUUAAAUGUACCGGGACUACGGUUAAUGGAUGUAAAAAACAAAAGCAAAGACUUACGAUUCUGCUGGUUUGCAACAUGUCAGGUACGGAUAAAAGACGUUCUUUAAUUAUUGGUAAAAGUAAAAAUCCACGCUGUUUUCGAAGCGUUAAAACAUUGCCCGUUGAUUAUUACGCUAAUUCAAACGCUUGGAUGACUAGUAUAAUUUUUACCGAAUUUUUACUAAAAUGGGACAGAGAAAUAAAAAAAGUAAGACGUAUUUUACUACUUCUUGAUAACUGUACAGCACAUCCGAAUUUACAAAAUUUAGAAAACAUAGAUUUUAAAUUUUUUUUAGAAUCAACCGGUUAAUAGAAUCAAAAUGACCUGCACCAAAGUGAUCACAUUAAGCGGAACUCACUGUAUAAUAAUUUACAAAUUGCUCAUAGUACUUGUAAUUACUAGUUAAUUAGUAUUAGUUAUUUAGAGUGUUUAAUGUUGAAGAUUUAUAUUAUAAUAAAAAUAAAUAAAUCUUGAUAGUAAUUAAAAUUUACAGAUAUAUCUUCAAUUAAGUACAGAACUCGGUGAAAGGGCUAAGGGCCCCCAUAUAUAAAUAUGGGGUGGGGCCUACCGGGAAAAUCCCGAAUUCCUGGUGGGCCUAUCCGCCACUCU